AUGGACGUGGACGUGGACAUGGACGUGGACGUGGACAUGGACGUGGACGUGGACGUGGACGUGGACGUGGACAUGGACGUGGACGUGGACGUGGACAUGGACGUGGACGUAGACGUGGACGUGGACGUGGACGUGGACGUGGACGUGGACCUGGACGUGGACGUGGACGUGGACGUGGACGUGGACCUGGAAAUGGACAUGGACGUGGACGUGGACGUGGAGGUGGACGUGGACAUGGACAAGGACGUAGAAAUGGACGUGGAGGUGGACGUGGACAUGGACGUAGACGUGGACGUGGACAUGGACGUGGACGUAGAAAUGGACGUGGACGUGGACGUGGACGUGGACGUGGACGUGGAUGUGGACGUGGACGUGGACGUGGAGGUGGACGUGGACAUGGACGUGGACGUGGACGUGGACGUGGACAUGGACGUGGACGUGGACAUGGACGUGGACGUGGACGUGGACGUAGAAAUGGACAUGGAUGUGGACGUGGACAUGGACGUGGACGUAGACGUGGACAUGGACGUGGACGUAGACGUGGACGUGGACGUGGACGUGGACGUGGACGGGGACAUGGACGUGGACGUGGACAUGGACGUGGACGUAGACGUGGACGUGGACGUGGACGUGGACGUGGACAUGGACGUGGACGUGGACGGGGACAUGGACGUGGACGUGGACAUGGACGUGGACGUGGACGUGGACGUGGACGUGGACAUGGACAUGGACGUGGACGUGGACGUGGACGUGGACGUGGACGUGGACUUGGACGUGGACGUGGACGUGGACGUGGACAUGGACGUGGACGUGGACGUGGACGUGGACGUGGACGUGGACGUAGACGUGGACGAGGACGUGGACGUGGACGUGGACGUGGACGUGGACGUGGACGUGGACCUGGACGUGGACGUGGACAUGGACGUGGACGUGGACGUGGACGUGGACGUGGACGUAGAAAUGGACGUGGACGUGGACAUGGACGUGGACGUGGACGUGGACGUGGACGUGGACGUGGACGUGGACGUGGACAUGGACGUGGACGUGGACAUGGACGUGGACGUAGAAAUGGACGUGGACGUGGACGUGGACGUAGAAAUGGACGUGGACGUGGACGUGGACGUGGACGUGUACAUGGACGUGGACGUGGACGUGUACAUGGACGUGGACAUGGACGUGGACAUGGACGUGGACGUGGACAUGGACGUGGACGUGGACGUGGACGUGGAAAUGGACGUGGACGUGGACGUAGAAAUGGACGUAGACGUGGAUGUGGACAUGGACGUGGACGUGGACGUGGACGUGGAUGUAGACGUGGACGUGGACAUGGACGUGGACGUGGACAUGGACGUGGAGGUGGACAUGGACGUGGACAUGGACGUGGACGUGGAGGUGGACAUGGACGUGGACGUGGACAUGGACGUAGAAAUGGACGUGGAAAUGGACGUGGACGUGGACAUAGAAAUGGACGUAGACGUGGACGUGGACGUGGACAUGGACUUGGACGUGGACAUGGACGUGGACGUGGACGUGGUCGUGGUCGUGGACGUGGACGUGGACGUGGACGUGGACGUGGACGUGGACAUGGACGUGAACAUGGACGUGGACAUGGACGUGGACAUGGACGUGGACGUGGACGUGGACAUGGACGUGGACGUGGACGUGGACAUGGACGUGGACGUGGACGUGGACGUGGACGUGGACGUGGACAUGGACGUGGACAUGGACGUGGACUUGGACGUGGACAUGGACAUGGACGUAGACGUGGACAUGGACGUAGACGUGGACGUGGACGUGGACAUAGACGUGGACGUGGACGUGGACGUGGACAUGGACGUGGACGUGGACGUGGACAUGGACGUGGACGUAGACAUGGACGUAGACGUGGACAUGGACGUGGACGUGGACGUGGACAUAGACGUGGACAUGGACGUGGACACGGACGUGGACGUGGACUUGGACGUGGACAUGGACGUGGACGUGGACGUGGACGUGGACGUGGACGUGGACGUGGACGUGGACAUGGACGUGGACAUGGACGUGGACGUGGACAUGGACGUGGACGUGGACCUGGACGUGGACGUGGACGUGGACCUGGACGUGGACCUGGACGUAGACGUGGACGAGGACGUGGACAUGGACGUGGACGUGGACGUGGACGUGGACAUAGACGUGGACGUGGACGUUGACGUGGACAUGGACGUGGACGUGGAUGUGGACAUGGACGUGGACGUAGACGUGGACAUGGACGUGGACGUAGAAAUGGACGUGGACGUGGACAUGGACGUGGACGUGGACGUGGACGUAGACGUGGACGUGGACAUGGACGUGGACGUGGACAUGGACGUGGACGAAGAAAUGGACGUGGACGUGGACGUGGACGUAGAAAUGGACGUGGACGUAGACGUGGACGUGGACGUGGACGUGGACGUGUACAUGGACGUGGACGUGGACGUGGACAUGGACGUGGACAUGGACGUGGACAGUGGACACGUGGAUGUGGACAUGGACGUGGACGUGGACAUGGACGUGGAUGUAGACGUGGACGUGGACAUGGACGUGGACAUGGACGUGGACGUGGACGUGGACAUGGACGUGGACAUGGACGUGGACGUGGACGUGGACGUGGACGUGGACGUGGACGUGGACAUGGACGUGGACAUGGACGUGGACGUGGACGUGGACAUGGACGUGGACGUGAACAUGGACGUGGACGUGGACGUGGAAAUGGACGUGGACGUGGACGUAGAAAUGGACGUAGACGUGGACGUGGACGUGGACAUGGACUUGGACGUGGACAUGGACGUAGACGUGGACGUGGUCGUGGACGUGGACGUGGACGUGGACGUGGACGUGGACGUGGACAUGGACGUGAACAUGGACGUGGACAUGGACGUGGACAUGGACGUGGACGUGGACGUGGACAUGGACGUGGACGUGGACGUGGACAUGGACGUGGACGUGGACGUGGACGUGGACGUGGACGUGGACAUGGACGUGGACAUGGAUGUGGACUUGGACGUGGACAUGGACAUGGACGUGGACGUGGACAUGGACGUAGACGUGGACGUGGACAUAGACGUGGACGUGGACGUGGACGUGGACAUGGACGUGGACGUGGACGUGGACAUGGACGUGGACGUGGACAUGGACGUAGACGUGGACAUGGACGUGGACGUGGACGUGGACAUGGACGUGGACAUGGACGUGGACAUGGACGUGGACGUGGACGUGGACGUGGACAUGGACGUGGACGUAGAAAUGGACGUGGACGUGGACGUAGAAAUGGACGUGGACGUGGACGUGGACGUGGACGUGGACGUGGACAUGGACGUGGACGUGGACGUGGACAUGGACGUGGACGUGGACGUGGACGUGGACGUGGACAUGGACGUGGACAUGGACGUGGACGUGGAUUUGGACGUGGACGUGGACGUAGAAAUGAACGUGGACGUGGACGUGGACGUGCACAUGGAAAUGGACGUAGACAUGGACGUGGACGUGGACGUGAACGUGGACGUGGACGUGGACAUGGACGUGGACGUGGACAUGAACGUGGACGUGGUCGUGGUCGUGGACGUGGACGUGGACGUGGGCGUGGUCAUGGACGUGGACGUGGACAUGGACGUGGUCGUGGUCGUGGACAUGGACGUGGACGUGGAGGACGUGGACGUGGAAGUGGACGUGGAGGUGGACGUGGACCUGGACGUGGACCUGGACGUGGACCUGGACGUGGACCUGGACGAGGACGUAGACAUGGACGUGGACUUGGACGUGGACGUGGACGUGGACGUGGACAUGGACGUGGACGUGGACGUGGACGUGCACAUGGACAUGGACGUGGACGUGGACAUGGACAUGGAUGUGGACAUGGACAUGGACGUGGACGUAGACGUGGACGUGGACGUGGACGUAGAAUUGGACGUGGACGUGGACGUGGACGUGGACGUGGACGUAGACGUGGACGUGGACGUAGACAUGGACGUGGACAUGGAUGUGGACGUGGACGUGGACGUGGACGUGGACGUGGACGUAGAAAUGGACGUGGACGUACAAAUGGACGUGCACGUGCACGUGGACCUGGACGUGCACGUGGACGUGGUUGUGGACGUGGACGUGGACGUGGACGUGAACGUGGACGUGGUCGUGGUCGUGGACGUGGUCAUGGUCGUGGACGUGGACGUGGACGUGGUCAUGGACGUGGACGUGGACAUGGACGUGGUCGUGGUCGUGGACAUGGACGUGGACGUGGUCGUGGACGUGGACGUGGACGACGUGGACGUGGAGGACGUGGACGAGGACGUGGAGGACGUGGACGAGGACGUGGAGGACGUGGACGUGGACGUGGACGUGGUCGUGGACGUGGACGUGGACGUGGACGUGGAAGUGGACGUGGACGUGGACGUGGACCUGGACGUGGACCUGGACGUGGACAUGGACGAGGACAUGGACGUGGAGAUGGACGUGGACGUGGACGUGGACGUGGACGUAGACAUGGACGUGGACGUGGACGUGGACGUACACAUGGACAUGGACGUGGACGUGGACGUGGACAUGGACGUGGACAUGGACAUGGACGUGGACGUGGACGUGGACGUGGACGUAGAAAUGGACGUGGACGUGGACGUGGACGUGGACGUGGACGUGGACAUGGACGUGGACGUGGACGUGGACGUGGACGUGGACGUGGACGUAGACGUGGACGUGGACGUGGACGUGGACGUCGAAGUGGACGUGGACGUGGACCUGGACCUGGACGUGGACGUGGAUGUAGACAUGGACGUGGACGUGGACGUGGACGUGGACAUGGACGUGGACGUGGAAGUGGACGUGGACGUGGACGUAGAAAUGGACGUGGACGUGGACCUGGACGUGGACCUGGACGUGGACGUGGACGUGGACGUGGACGUGGACGUGGAAGUGGACGUGGACGUGGACGUGGACCUGGACGUAGACCUGGACGUGGACAUGGAUGAGGACAUGGACGUGGACAAGGACGUGGACGUGGACGUGGACGUGGACGUAGACAUGGACGUGGACGUGGACGUGGACGUACACAUGGACAUGGACGUGGACGUGGACGUGGACAUGGACGUGGACAUGGACAUGGACGUGGACGUGGACGUGGACGUGGACGUGGACGUGGACGUGGACAUGGACGUGGACGUGGACGUGGACGUGGACGUGGACGUAGAAAUGGACGUGGACGUGGACGUGGACGUGGACAUGGACGUGGACGUGGACGUGGACGUGGACGUCGAAGUGGACGUGGACGUGGACCUGGACCUGGACGUGGACGUGGAUGUAGACAUGGACGGGGACGUGGACGUGGACGUAGACGUGGACGUGGACAUGGACGUGGACGUGGAAGUGGACGUGGACGUGGACGUAGAAAUGGACGUGGACGUGGACGUGGACGUGGACAUGGACGUGGAAGUGGACGUGGACGUGGACGUAGAAAUGGACGUGGACGUGGACGUGGACGUGGACGUGGACAUGGACGUGGACGUGGAAAUGGACGUGGACGUGGACGUGGACAUGGACGUGGAAGUGGACGUGGACGUGGACGUAGAAAUGGACGUGGACGUGGACGUGGACGUGGACAUGGACGUGGACAUGGAAAUGGACGUGGACGUGGACGUGGACGUGGACGUCGAAAUGGAAAUGGACGUGGACGUGGACAUGGACGUGGACGUGGACAUGGACAUGGACGUGGACAUGGACAUGGACGUGGACGUGGACGUGGACAUGGACGUGGACGUGGACGUGGACGUAGAAAUGGACGUGGACGUGGACGUAGACGUGGACGUGGACGUGGACAUGGACGUGGACGUGGACGUGGACGUGGACGUGGACGUCGAAGUGGACGUGGACGUGGACCUGGACCUGGACGUGGACCUGGACGUAGACAUGGACGUGGACGUGGACGUGGACGUGGACAUGGACGUGGACGUGGAAGUGGACGUGGACGUGGACGUAGAAAUGGACGUGGACGUGGACGUGGACGUGGACGUGGACAUGGACGUGGACGUGGAAGUGGACGUGGACGUGGACGUAGAAAUGGACGUGGACGUGGACGUGGACGUGGACGUGGACGUGGACGUUGAAAUGGACGUGGACGUGGAAAUGGACGUGGACGUGGACGUGGACGUCGAAAUGGACGUGGACGUGGACGUGGACGUGGACGUGGACGUAGAAAUGGACGUGGACGUAGAAAUGGACGUGGACGUAGACGUGGAAGUGGACGUGGACGUGGACAUAGAAAUGGACGUGGACGUGGACAUGGACGUGGACGUGGACGUGGACGUGGAAAUGGACGUGGACGUGGACGUGGACGUCGAAAUGGACGUGGACGUGGACGUGGACGUGGACGUGGACGUGGACGUAGAACUGGACGUGGACGUAGAAAUGGACGUGGAUGUAGAAAUGGACGUGGACGUGGACGUGGUUGUGGACGUGGACAUGGACGUGGAGGUGGAAGUGGACGUGGACGUGGACGUGGAAGUGGACGUGGACGUGGACGUGGAGGUAGACGUGGACGUGGACGUGGAGGUGGACGUGGACAUGGACGUGGACGUGGACGUGGACCUGGACGUAGACGUGGACGUGGACGUGGACGUCGAAAUGGACGUGGACGUGGACGUGGACGUGGACCUGGACGUGGACGUGGACGUGGACGUGGACGUAGAAAUGGACGUGGACGUGGACGUGGACAUGGACGUGGACGUGGACGUGGACAUGAACAUGGACAUGGACAUGGACAUGGACGUGGACGUGGACGUGGACAUGGACGUGGACGUGGACGUGGACGUGGACGUAGAAAUAGACGUGGACGUGGACGUGGACAUGGACGUGGACGUGGACAUGGACGUGGACGUGGACGUGGACGUGGACGUGGACGUGGACGUGGACGUGGACGUGGACGUGGAUGUCGAAGUGGACGUGGACGUGGACCUGGACCUGGACGUGGACGUGGACUUGGACGUGGACAUGGACGUGGACGUGGAAGUGGACGUGGACGUAGAAAUGGACGUGGACGUGGACGUGGACGUGGACAUGGACAUGGACGUGGAUGUGGACGUGGACGUGGACAUAGAUAUGGACGUGGACGUGGACGUGGACGUGGACGUGGACGUGGACGUGAAAAUGGACGUGGACGUGGACGUGGACGUCGAAAUGGACGUGGACGUAGAAAUGGACGUGGACAUGGACAUGGACGUGGACGUGGACGUGGACAUGGACGUGGACGUGGACGUGGACAUGGACGUGGAUAUGGACGUGGACAUGGACGUGGACAUGGACGUGGACAUGGACGUGGACAUGGACGUGGACAUGGACGUGGACAUGGACAUGGACGUGGACGUGGACGUGGACAUGGACGUGGACGUGGACGUAGAAAUGGACGUGGACGUGGACGUGGACGUGGACGUGGACGUGGACGUGGACAUGGACGUGGACGUGGACGUGGACGUGGACGUGGACGUCGAAGUGGACGUGGACGUGGACCUGGACCUGGACGUGGACCUGGACGUAGACAUGGACGUGGACGUGGACGUGGACGUGGACGUGGACGUGGACGUGAAAAUGGACGUGGACGUGGACGUGGACGUCGAAAUGGACGUGGACGUAGAAAUGGACGUGGACAUGGACAUGGACAUGGACGUGGACGUGGACAUGGACGUGGACGUGGACGUGGACAUGGAGGUGGAUAUGGACGUGGACAUGGACGUGGACAUGGACGUGGACAUGGACGUGGACAUGGACGUGGACAUGGACGUGGACAUGGACAUGGACGUGGACAUGGACGUGGACAUGGACGUGGACGUGGACGUAGAAAUGGACGUGGACGUGGACGUGGACGUGGACGUGGACGUGGACGUGGACAUGGACGUGGACGUGGACGUGGACGUGGACGUGGACGUCGAAGUGGACGUGGACGUGGACCUGGACCUGGACGUGGACCUGGACGUAGACAUGGACGUGGACGUGGACGUGGACGUGGACGUGGACAUGGACGUGGACGUGGAAGUGGACGUGGACGUGGACGUAGAAAUGGACGUGGACGUGGACGUGGACGUGGACGUGGACAUGGACGUGGACGUGGAAGUGGACGUGGACGUGGACGUAGAAAUGGACAUGGACGUGGACGUGGACGUGGACGUGGACGUGGACGUUGAAAUGGACGUGGACGUGGAAAUGGACGUGGACGUGGACGUGGACGUCGAAAUGGACGUGGACGUGGACGUGGACGUGGACGUGGACGUAGAAAUGGACGUGGACGUAGAAAUGGACGUGGACGUAGACGUGGAAGUGGACGUGGACGUGGACGUAGAAAUGGACGUGGACGUGGACGUGGACGUGGACGUGGACAUGGACGUGGAAAUGGACGUGGACGUGGACGUGGACGUCGAAAUGGACGUGGACGUGGACGUGGACGUAGACGUGGACGUGGACGUAGAACUGGACGUGGACGUAGAAAUGGACGUGGAUGUAGAAAUGGACGUGGACGUGGACGUGGUUGUGGACGUGGACAUGGACGUGGAGGUGGAAGUGGACGUGGACGUGGACGUGGAAGUGGACGUGGACGUGGACGUGGACGUGGAGGUAGACGUGGACGUAGACGUGGAGGUGGACGUGGACAUGGACGUGGACGUGGACCUGGACGUAGACGUGGACGUGGACGUCGAAAUGGACGUGGACGUGGACGUGGACGUGGACCUGGACGUGGACGUGGUUGUGGACGUAGAAAUGGACGUGGACGUGGACGUGGACAUGGACGUGGACGUGGACGUGGACAUGAACAUGGACAUGGACAUGGACAUGGACGUGGACGUUGACAUGGACGUGGACGUGGACGUGGACGUGGACGUAGAAAUGGACGUGGACGUGGACGUGGACGUGGACGUGGACGUGGACAUGGACGUGGACGUGGACGUGGACGUGGACGUGGACGUGGACAUGGACGUGGACGUGGACGUGGACGUGGACGUGGACGUGGACGUGGAAAUGGACGUGGACGUGGACGUGGACGUCGAAAUGGACGUGGACGUGGACGUGGACUUGGACGUGGACGUGGACGUAGAACUGGACGUGGACGUAGAAAUGGACGUGGAUGUAGAAAUGGACGUGGACGUGGACGUGGUUGUGGACGUGGACAUGGACGUGGAGGUGGAAGUGGACGUGGACGUGGACGUGGAAGUGGACGUGGACGUGGACGUGGAGGUAGACGUGGACGUGGACGUGGAGGUGGACGUGGACAUGGACGUGGACGUGGACGUGGACCUGGACGUAGACGUGGACGUGGACGUGGACGUCGAAAUGGACGUGGACGUAGACGUGGACGUGGACGUGGACCUGGACGUGGACGUGGACGUGGACGUGGACGUAGAAAUGGACGUGGACGUGGACGUGGACAUGGACGUGGACGUGGACGUGGACAUGAACAUGGACAUGGACAUGGACAUGGACGUGGACGUGGACGUGGACAUGGACGUGGACGUGGACGUGGACGUGGACGUAGAAAUGGACGUGGACGUGGACGUGGACAUGGACGUGGACGUGGACAUGGACGUGGACGUGGACGUGGACGUGGACGUGGACGUGGACGUGGACGUCGAAGUGGACGUGGACGUGGACCUGGACCUGGACGUGGACGUGGAUGUAGACAUGGACGUGGACGUGGACGUGGACUUGGACGUGGACAUGGACGUGGACGUGGAAGUGGACGUGGACGUAGAAAUGGACGUGGACGUGGACGUGGACGUGGACAUGGACAUGGACGUAGAUGUGGACGUGGACGUGGACAUGGACGUGGACGUGGACAUGGACGUGGACGUGGACAUGGACGUGGACGUGGACGUGGACGUGGACGUGGACGUGGACGUGGACGUGGACGUCGAAGUGGACGUGGACGUGGACCUGGACCUGGACAAGGACGUGGAUGUAGACAUGGACGUGGACGUGGACGUGGACUUGGACGUGGACAUGGACGUGGACGUGGAAGUGGACGUGGACGUAGAAAUGGACGUGGACGUGGACGUGGACGUGGACAUGGACAUGGACGUGGAUGUGGACGUGGACGUGGACAUAGAAAUGGACGUGGACGUGGACGUGGACGUGGACGUGGACGUGGACGUGGACGUGAAAAUGGACGUGGACGUGGACGUGGACGUCGAAAUGGACGUGGACGUAGAAAUGGACGUGGACAUGGACAUGGACGUGGACGUGGACGUGGACAUGGACGUGGACGUGGACGUGGACAUGGACGUGGACAUGGACGUGGACAUGGACGUGGACAUGGACGUGGACAUGGACGUGGACAUGGACGUGGACAUGGACGUGGACAUGGACAUGGACGUGGACGUGGACGUGGACAUGGACGUGGACGUGGACGUAGAAAUGGACGUGGACGUGGACGUGGACGUGGACGUGGACGUGGACGUGGACAUGGACGUGGACGUGGACGUGGACGUGGACGUGGACGUCGAAGUGGACGUGGACGUGGACCUGGACCUGGACGUGGACCUGGACGUAGACAUGGACGUGGACGUGGACGUGGACGUGGACGUGGACAUGGACGUGGACGUGGAAGUGGACGUGGACGUGGACGUAGAAAUGGACGUGGACGUGGACGUGGACGUGGACGUGGACAUGGACGUGGACGUGGAAGUGGACGUGGACGUGGACGUAGAAAUGGACGUGGACGUGGACGUGGACGUGGACGUGGACGUGGACGUGGACGUCGAAAUGGACGUGGACGUGGAAAUGGACGUGGACGUGGACGUGGACGUCGAAAUGGACGUGGACGUGGACGUGGACGUAGACGUGGACGUGGACGUAGAAAUGGACGUGGACGUAGAAAUGGACGUGGACGUAGACGUGGAAGUGGACGUGGACGUGGACGUAGAAAUGGACGUGGACGUGGACGUGGACGUGGACGUGGACAUGGACGUGGAAAUGGACGUGGACGUGGACGUGGACGUCGAAAUGGACGUGGACGUGGACGUGGACGUAGACGUGGACGUGGACGUAGAACUGGACGUGGACGUAGAAAUGGACGUGGAUGUAGAAAUGGACGUGGACGUGGACGUGGUUGUGGACGUGGACAUGGACGUGGAGGUGGAAGUGGACGUGGACGUGGACGUGGAAGUGGACGUGGACGUGGACGUGGACGUGGAGGUAGACGUGGACGUGGACGUGGAGGUGGACGUGGACAUGGACGUGGACGUGGACGUGGACCUGGACGUAGACGUGGACGUGGACGUCGAAAUGGACGUGGACGUGGACGUGGACGUGGACCUGGACGUGGACGUGGACGUGGACGUAGAAAUGGACGUGGACGUGGACGUGGACAUGGACGUGGACGUGGACGUGGACAUGAACAUGGACAUGGACAUGGACAUGGACGUGGACGUUGACAUGGACGUGGACGUGGACGUGGACGUGGACGUAGAAAUGGACGUGGACGUGGACGUGGACGUGGACGUGGACGUGGACGUGGACAUGGACGUGGACGUGGACGUGGACGUGGACGUGGACGUGGACGUGGACGUCGAAGUGGACGUGGACGUGGACCUGGACCUGGACGUGGACGUGGAUGUAGACAUGGACGUGGACGUGGACGUGGACGUGGACGUGGACAUGGACGUGGACGUGGAAGUGGACGUGGACGUAGAAAUGGACGUGGACGUGGACGUGGACGUGGACAUGGACGUGGACGUGGAAGUGGACGUGGACGUGGACAUAGAAAUGGACGUGGACGUGGACGUCGAAAUGGACGUGGACGUGGACGUAGACGUGGACGUGGACGUCGAAAUGGACGUGGACGUGGACGUGGACGUGGACCUGGACGUGGACGUGGACGUGGACGUAGAAAUGGACGUGGACGUGGACGUGGACAUGGACGUGGACGUGGACGUGGACAUGAACAUGGACAUGGACAUGGACAUGGACGUGGACGUUGACAUGGACGUGGACGUGGACGUGGACGUGGACGUAGAAAUGGACGUGGACGUGGACGUGGACGUGGACGUGGACGUGGACGUGGACAUGGACGUGGACGUGGACGUGGACGUGGACGUGGACGUGGACGUGGACGUCGAAGUGGACGUGGACGUGGACCUGGACCUGGACGUGGACGUGGAUGUAGACAUGGACGUGGACGUGGACGUGGACGUGGACGUGGACAUGGACGUGGACGUGGAAGUGGACGUGGACGUAGAAAUGGACGUGGACGUGGACGUGGACGUGGACAUGGACGUGGACGUGGAAGUGGACGUGAACGUGGACAUAGAAAUGGACGUGGACGUGGACGUGGACGUGGACGUGGACGUGGACGUGAAAAUGGACGUGGACGUGGACGUGGACGUCGAAAUGGACGUGGACGUAGAAAUGGACGUGGACGUGGACAUGGACGUGGACGUGGACGUGGACAUGGACAUGGACGUGGACAUGGACAUGGACGUGGACGUGGACGUGGACAUGGACGUGGAUGAGGACGUGGACGUAGAAAUGGACGUGGACGUGGACGUGGACGUGGACGUGGACAUAGACGUGGACGUGGACGUGGACGUGGACGUGGACGUCGAAGUGGACGUGGACGUGGACCUGGACCUGGACGUGGACCUGGACGUAGACAUGGACGUGGACGUGGACGUGGACGUGGACAUGGACGUGGACGUGGAAGUAGACGUGGACGUGGACGUAGAAAAGGACGUGGACGUGGACGUGGACGUGGACGUGGACAUGGACGUGGACGUGGAAGUGGACGUGGACGUGGACGUAGAAAUGGACGUGGACGUGGACGUGGACGUUGAAAUGGACGUGGACGUGGAAAUGGACGUGGACGUGGACGUGGACGUCGAAAUGGACGUGGACGUGGACGUGGACGUGGACGUGGACGUGGACGUGGACGUAGAAAUGGACGUGGACGUAGAAAUGGACGUGGACGUAGACGUGGAAGUGGACGUGGACGUGGACGUAGAAAUGGACGUGGACGUGGACGUGGACGUGGACGUGGACGUGGACGUGGACGUGGCUUGGAAAUGGACGUGGACGUGGACGUGGACGUCGAAAUGGACGUGGACGUGGACGUGGACGUGGACGUGGACGUAG